CUCCGGUGCGCGGCUCCGGCGGCGGCGAUGACCCCCGGCGCGCUCUGAGCCCCGGCCCAGGUCAAGGAUGGGCCAUGGCAUGGGGAGUGCCGGCUGCUGGCUCCUGCUGGGCCUCUCCCUGCUCCCGGCCGUGCUGGGCUCUCUGGACGGCGGCCAGGUGAUCCGCAUCCGCAAGGUGCAGCAGCCGCCGGUGCGCGCGGCGCUGGGGGAGCCCGUGGCCCUGCCCUGCGUCUUCGCGCUGCAGCCGGCGCCGGCGCGCGGCCCCAGGGAGCCCCCGGACCCGCCGCGCGUCAAGUGGAGCAAGGUGCGCUCGGCCGCGGGCCAGCGGCAGGACGCGCCCGUGCUCGUGGCCAAGGACAACGCGGUGAAGGUGGCGAGAGCCUACGAGGGGCGCGUGGCGCUGCCCGGCUACGCGCGCGACCGCCACAACGCCACGCUGCUGCUGCGCGCCGCGCGCGCCAGCGACGCCGGCCUCUACCGCUGCGAGGUGGUGGCCRGCAUCGAGGACGAGCAGGACCUGCUGCCCUUGGAGGUGACGGGCGUCGUCUUCCACUACCGCCCGCUGGGUGCUCGCUACGCGCUCACCUUCGCCGCGGCCCAGCGCGCCUGCAGGGACAACUCGGCCGUGGUGGCCUCGCCCCGGCACCUGCAAGCCGCCUUCGAGGACGGCUACGACAACUGCGACGCCGGCUGGCUGGCYGACCAGAGCGUGCGGUACCCCAUCACGCUGUCCCGGCCCGGCUGCUACGGGGACCGCGAGAGGCUCCCCGGCGUGCGCAGCUACGGGCGCCGCGAGCCCGGCGAGCGCUACGACGUCUACUGCUUCGCCAGCGAGCUGCAAGGGAGCGUGUUCCACGCCACGGCGCCGGGCCGCUUCACGUGGGCGGGCGCGCGGCGGCACUGCCGGAGCCGCGGCGCGGCGCUGGCCACCACGGGGCAGCUGCAGCUGGCGUGGCGCGCGGGGCUGGACCGCUGCGACCCGGGCUGGCUGGCGGACGGCAGCGUGCGCUACCCGAUCCGCGCGCCGCGCUCCAAGUGYGGCGGCCAGGCCCCCGGCGUGCGCACGCUCUACCAGUUCCCCAACCGCACCGGCUUCCCGGCCGCCRCCGCCAGGUUCGACGCCUACUGCUACCGAGCCUCGGAGGAGGUGACGCGCGGGGGACACCAGGAUGCGGCGGCGCAGGAGCGGGAGGACCCGGGCACCUCGGGGGAGGCCCCCCCAGCUGCCACCGUGUCCGUCCUGGCCUGGCCCCCUGCGGGGACCGUGGGCAACGCCGUGGAGGUGCCAGGUCCCCCCAGCGCGCGGAGCCCCCCCGGCACCCGGCCGCUCUCCGAGGGGCUGCAGGAGCAGCGUGAGGAGCAGGAGCCCCCCGCACCCGGACACCCGGGCCCUGCCCCCACGGCGGCCCCCUCGCCGCAGCCGCCUGUCCCCGGGGACGCCCCGCGCUGGAGCCCCCGGGUGGCCCCGCGGGGCCCUGGGGCACCUGCGUCAUCUGCGCCCCCUCUGACGUUGCUGUCCCCAACGCUGCCCCCGGUGCCGUCCCCAACGCCAGCCCCGUCGCCGCCUGCACCYGGCGCCCGCGGAGAUGCCCCCCGGCCACCUGCCACCGAGGACUUCUCCGGGGACACCCUCGGCAGGGAGGACGGGGUCUCGGUGCCGCCGGCGGCCGCGCUGCUGGCCGAGGCGCUGGGGACGCUGCCGGUGCCGCUGCCCCGCGCCGCCGGCUCGCUGGAGCGGCAGAGGAAAGCGGUGCCCGUCCCGCCGGGCCCCUCUGCCGCCCCACGGGCUCCCGGCGGGCAGAGCCCCACGGGGGCUGCGCCGGGGCGCCCCAGCCAGGGGGAUGCUGCAGCUCCCGGUGUCCCCGCUGUGCGGGAUGGCCCCRCGCCGGCAUCGCCCCUGCGGGACUCGCAGCAGGACGAGGCAACUGGCAGCCCCCCAAGUGGCAGUUCUGCCACCCCCCUGGCCACUGAGCUCGGMAUCCUCGAGCCCGUGGCCGUGCCAGGGUCUGCAUCCAUAGAGCCCCCCACCAGCUCCGGUGCCACGGAUGCUCCCAUCUCUGAGGCUGCUCCCGAUACCAGGGAUGUUCCCAGCACCAUGGAUGCUCCCAUCCCUGAGGAUGCUCCCAUCUCCRAGGAUGCUCCUGGUACCAAGGAUGUUCCCAGCACCACGGAUGCUCCUGACACCGAGGAUGUCCAUAGCACCAGUGCUGCUCCUGGCACUGAGGAUGCCCCCAGCACCGAGGAUGCUCCCAGCACUGCGGAUGUUCCCAGGACGAAGGAUGCUCCCGUUGAGGGGGCAAAGCAGGACAAGCCCCCUGCGCUCCCCAGCUCUGUCGCUGUCCCCAUGACGGGCGGCAGCGGCAGCGCCGAGGAGCCCGCGGAGCCCGAGCUGACGGCCUGGACGGGCGAGAGCAACACGAGCCUGGCUGCCGGGGCCGAGCCGUGCGAGACCAACCCGUGCCUGCACGGCGGGACGUGCCGGGCCGCCGGCGCCGUCUGCAGCUGCACCUGCGCCCCGGGCUUCACCGGCGAGAACUGCGAGAUCGACAUCGACGACUGCCUGUCGAGCCCCUGCCGCAACGGCGGCACCUGCAUCGACGAGGUGGACGCCUUCGUCUGCCUCUGCCUGCCCAGCUACGGCGGCAGCCGCUGCGAGAGAGACACGGAGGGCUGCGAGCACAGCUGGCACAAGUUCCAGGGCCACUGUUACCGCUACUUCUCCCACCGGCGCUCGUGGGAGGACGCGGAGCGCGACUGCCGCCGCCGCGCCGGCCACCUGGCCAGCAUCCACUCCCGCGAGGAGCACGCCUUCAUCAACGGCUUCGGGCAUGAAAACACCUGGAUCGGCCUCAAUGACAGGAUUGUGGAGCAGGACUUCCAGUGGACGGACAACACGGCGCUGCAAUACGAGAACUGGCGGGAGAACCAGCCCGAUAACUUCUUUGCGGGCGGCGAGGACUGCGUGGUGCUCGUGUCCCACGAGAUCGGCAAGUGGAACGACGUGCCCUGCAACUACAACCUGCCCUACAUCUGCAAGAAGGGCACAGUGCUGUGCGGGCCCCCGCCGGAGGUGGCCCACGCGUUCCCCGUGGGCAAGAGGAGGGCGAGCUACAGCGUCCACGCGAGCGUGCGCUACCAGUGCGAGGAGGGCUUCGCCCAGCGCCACGUGCCCACCAUCAAGUGCCACAGCAACGGCAAGUGGGACCGGCCCAAAAUCCUCUGCACAAAACCCAGGCGGUCCCACCGGGCCCGGCGGCACCGGCGCCACCGGCACAGCCACCCGCACCACCAGCACCACCAGCACCAGCCCCGCCGGGAGCGGCGGAAGCGGCGCCGGCGCCCGCGCCUCGACGGCAUGCGCGAGGGCCACUACUUCUAG